CGCCGAGCGAUAGAGCGUGAGGUGAGGGAGAGCAGAGGGCGGAGUGAGUGAGAGAGAGAGAGGGGGAGGUUGGGGGAAAGGCAAAGGGCGAUGAGGGAGACGAACGACGGCGAGACCCCGGAACCUGAGGCCGAGGUCGAGGUCGAAGCCGAGGCCGAGGACGGGGCCGAGGACGGGGCCGAAGCCGAGAACGGAGCCGAGGACGGGGCCGAAGCCGAGAACGGAGCCGAGGACGGGGCCGAAGCCGAGGACGGGGCCGAAGCCGAGGACGGGGCUGAAGCUGAAGCCGAAGCCGAAGAGCAGGAGGGGGAGGUCGUGGAGUUCGAAGAGCCGGAGGAAGGCUUCAGCGAUCCCGAGGAGUUUGUGGACGACAUCUCCGAUGAGGAACUGUUGGGUGAUAUUUUAAAGGAUCAACCUCUGGAAGCAGAUGGAAUUGAUUCUGUUAUUGUUGUGGACAAUGUUCCAGAGGUUGGACCAGAUCGAGUAGAGAAACUCCGCAAUGUCAUCCAGAAGAUCUUUUCUAAAUUUGGAAAGAUCACAAAUGAAUUUUAUCCUGAAGCAGAUGGAAAAACUAAAGGGUAUAUUUUCCUGGAAUACAAUUCACCAGCUUGUGCUCUGGAUGCUGUGAAAAAUGCAGAUGGAUAUAAAUUGGAUAAACAACACACUUUCCAUGUAAACCUUUUUACUGACUUUGAUAAGUAUGUGACCAUCAGUGAAGAGUGGGAGAAACCUGAGAAACAACCAUUUAAAGAUUUUGGGAAUCUUCGUUAUUGGUUGGAGGAUCCGGAUUGCAGAGAUCAGUGCAGCAUUAUUUAUGAGUCUGGAGAUAGAACGGCAAUCCUGUGGAAUGAUGUGAAGGAACCCGUCACUAUUGAAGAGAGAGCACGUUGGACAGAGACCUACGUUCGCUGGUCUCCCAGAGGAACCUACUUGGCAACGUUCCAUCAGCGAGGUAUUGCUCUCUGGGGUGGGGAGAAGUUCAAGCAGAUCCAGCGUUUCAGCCACCAGGGUGUCCAGCUGAUCGAUUUCUCUCCAUGUGAAAGAUACAUGGUAAGCUUCAGCCCUUUAUUGGACACAAAGGACGACCCCCAGGCCAUCAUCAUUUGGGACAUCCUCACAGGCCAGAAGAAGCGAGGGUUUCAUUGUGAAAAUUCAGCACAUUGGCCUAUAUUCAAGUGGAGCCAUGAUGGGAAGUUUUUUGCUCGAAUGACCCAAGAUAUGCUCAGUAUUUAUGAAGCUCCGUCAAUGGGACUGUUGGAUAAGAAGAGCUUGAAGAUCAGUGGAAUAAGGGAUUUCUCGUGGUCUCCAGGUGAUAACGUUAUUGCAUUCUGGGUACCCGAGGAUAAAGAUAUUCCCGCGAGAGUCACUCUGAUGCAAUUUCCAACACGGCAAGAGAUGAGAGUCCGCAAUCUUUUCAACGUGGUGGACUGCAAAUUGCACUGGCAGAAAAACGGAGAUUACUUGUGCGUGAAAGUAGACAGGACUCUGAAGGGUACACCGGGUCUUGUAACUAAUUUUGAGAUCUUCAGAAUGAGAGAAAAGCAGGUUCCAGUGGAUGUGGUAGAAAUGAAAGAGGGUAUUAUUGCUUUUGCUUGGGAGCCGAAUGGUAGUAAAUUUGCGGUGCUUCACGGAGAGACGCCCAGGAUAUCUGUGUCCUUCUACCACGUCAAGAACAACGGCAAGAUUGAGCUCAUCAAAAUGUAUGACAAGCAGCAGGCAAACAGCAUCUUCUGGAGUCCGCAAGGGCAAUUUGUGGUACUGGCCGGGCUUAGAAGUAUGAAUGGUGCUUUGGCAUUCUACGACACGUCAGACUGCACCCUGAUGAACGUAGCUGAGCAUUACACGGCUUCCGAUGUCGAAUGGGACCCAACAGGACGAUACAUAGUUACCUCCGUGUCAUGGUGGAGUCACAAGAUGGACAAUGCUUAUUGGAUGUGGACCUUCCAAGGACGUCUGUUACAGAAGAAUGCCAAGGAUCGUUUCUGCCAACUGCUUUGGAGGCCCAGACCUUCAACUCUGCUCUCUCAGGAUCAGCUUAAGCAAAUCAAGAAGGAUUACAAGAAGUAUUCCAAAAUCUUUGAACAGAAAGAUCGGCUCAGUCAGUCCAAGGCCUCCAAGGAAUUGGUCGAUAAACGCCGCAAGAUGCUGGAAGAAUUUCACAAAUACCGUGAGAGGACGAUGGAGACUUAUGCAGAACAGAAACCCCUCCGUCUGGAACUCCGAGGAGGUGUCGACACCGAUGAGCUGGAUAGUAAUGUUGACGAUUGGGAGGAAGAGACAAUUGAGUUUUUUGUCACAGAAGAAAUCAUCCCACUUGGAGAUCAGGAGUAGUCCCAUAAGAUACAGAGCCACCACCGUACGUACUCUCAAUUGAAGCUGAUUUCUCUUUACAUCGUCUGGAACUUUUACACUGCGUCUCGAAAAGCGAAUGUGCCCACUCCUCGAAAGGAUCAUCACAGUGCCUUUUACUGUAUCCGUUUCAGCAGUGGUAAUCUUGAAACACACUGCUGUGUUUGGGAAUAAGAUUGGGAAUAAAUACACUUCACUAAGUAGCAACCGCUCUGCAGUUUUACUCUGCUAUUGGCACCAGUGGCUGUAGAGUAACAGUGAUUUGUGUAAGUAUGUUAUUAACAAGGCACUCAAACGUGUUUUCUGUAGCAGUGGGCUAUUUUUACAGCUGUGGUAAAGUGAGAAAGCAUUUUGUAUGGAGGAAUAUUGAACGUACAAUAAAGGUUAAUACAUAUUUUAGUGUGCUUUGGCGGCACUACAGUGGACUCUAUCCUCCUCCAUUCAGAUUAUAUUUGAUGUGUAAUGGGAUAAAAUAAAGCAUAGUAACAUUG